UGCGACGGGUGCCUGUGUCGCGCGCGCGGGGCAAGUGGUUUCUAGAGUGUGGCGUGUUGUGUAGGGCCGUCUCGUGGGGCCGUGGUGAGGGGCCGUGAGCGGAGAGCACUGAGAGCCGCCGUCCUUGGGGCCUGCUCGGUAGUUAUGAGCAUUGAUAAGGUCCUCCUUCAGUCUUCUCUAGUCUCAACAGCCCCAGCUUUGUCAGCCUUUCCACGUAAGAGUGAUGCUGCAGGCCCCUAAUCAUCUCUGUAGCCUUCUGCUGUAGCCUGCGACCUUAAACUCAUAAAAAAUUUACUCAGUUGAAUAGAUAAGUGAUUGUGAGCUGUGCUCUGGGUAGGAAAGAUACCUCCUGGGGUCACAGAGCAAGGCAGUGUGAGUUAGUUAUUACUGAUCUUCAUCUCACCCCUAUAUUAGCUUCUCUAGAGGUGUUGGGAUUUGUUGCAAGGGACUUGAAGUUGUCUGUUCAAGGUUAUAGGCUGAUAAGUGCUUACAAAUGCAAUGGUAUAAAAGUAGGAUAGCCUUUAUUCAAAGGGUGUUUUGCCAAAGUAUGCAGUCUUUUUGUGUUAAGAGAGUAUGACAUACGAUACAACAGAAGGAUGAUCAACUCCAAAAUGUUGUCUCAGUGUCUGUGCCAAGUUAACAAAUGUCUGCUGCACAACUUAAAACUGAAUCCAAUCAAAUUAGCUGCUUUAUCCAGAAGGAUCCAUUCUUCAGUAAAACAGCUUUCUGAAUAUGAGUUAACAGAGCAAACUACACAGAAGAGUGAAACUAAAAAGUUGCCUGAUAGUACAGAAAACAAAAACUUUGGAAGAUUGCAUGUACCAGUGAUGAUGGAGGAGGUUGUUAGUUGUUUAUCCCCCCAGUCAGGCCAGUGUUUCCUUGAUAUGACAUUUGGAGCCGGAGGUCAUAGUACAGCUCUUCUGGAGAAAGCCAGCAACAUUACAAUAUAUGCUCUGGACAGGGACCCCACAGCUUAUAAAAUAGCUCAGCAGCUUUCAGAAUCUUACCCGAAACAGAUUCAAGCUCUUCUCGGACAGUUUAGCCAGUCAGAGGCUUUGUUAAUCUCAUCAGGAGUUGAGCCUGGAACUCUAGAUGGAGUUCUCUUGGAUGCUGGAUGUUCUUCUAUGCAAUUUGAUACACCUGAAAGAGGUUUUUCACUGCAGAAGGAUGGACCUUUGGACAUGAGGAUGGAUAGUGACAGGUACCCUGACAUGCCCACUGCUGCUGAUGUUGUGAAUGCUUUAGAUCAACAGGCACUUGCGUCCAUCCUGAGAACAUACGGGGAGGAGAAGCACGCCAAGAAAAUCGCUUCAGCCAUCGUUCAGGCACGCAGCAUAUAUCCCAUCACCAGAACUCAGCAGCUUGCAAGCAUUGUUGCAGGUGCUUUUCCAGCAUCAGCGUUGUAUGCACGAAAAGAUCUGCUUCAGAGACCUACACACAUUGCUACCAAAACUUUCCAAGGUCUGCGAAUAUUUGUAAAUGAUGAGCUUCAUGAACUCUUUAUAGGGCUGAAGACAGCUGAGAAGUUUCUAAAACCUGGAGGUCGUCUUGUAGCCCUCUCCUUUCAUUCUCUAGAAGAUCGUAUCAUCAAACGUUUCCUUCAUGGAAUAGACAUGACAGAAAAGUACAAUCUUGGCUCAAAGCAGAAGAUAAGACAGGCUCUGAAAAAUUGCUCCAAAGAAGAAGAUACACAUGAAUUCCCCCAUGGAAAAUCCAACUCAAAGUGGACUUUUAUACAGAAAAAAGUUCUCACACCUCAGGCCAAGGAUAUUCUAACAAACCCAAGAGCGAGGUCGGCCAAGCUAAGAGCUGCUGUUAAACUCUGAAAUAAAAAUGAAUCAUUAUAUAAUUGUAUCAUUUCCUACAAUUUUGUUUUCUGGAGGACUAACUGGACAGAUAACAUCAAACAGAAAAAUAAAAUGGAAAAGACAGUUAAAAAACAUUUUUUCCACCACUGUACUUCUUUUUGAUUAGGGUGUAAAGUAGAACAUCAAAAGGUAGAGUAAUAAAAUAAGUAAAAUAAGUUACAUGAAUGGGUGUUACUGAUUAUACAAAACGUAUAUCUCUUUUUAAAAUGACAAAAACUAAAGCUUUUAUAAACCAUAGUUUUGAUAUAUUUAAAAUAUUUCCUUUAGACUCAACUCAGAACUCUGACACUUUCAGUCUAAAUUCAGUAGCUGAUUGAGACAAACGUGUUUUUAUGGCUAUUUAUGUCACACAACAAAGUCAACUGACUGUUUUAAUCUAGUGUAUGUUUUUAAAGUAGCCUAAGAACUCAUGAUAUAAAGAAUUCUUGAUACAUAAAUCUGUCUGUUGAUUUGUUGUAUUAACAUAUGUGUGACAGUAGCUUGAUCUUACAUAAAUUAAUAUCAUAACCUUAUGCCUAAUCCAGGAAUUUAUGAAUGAUCUCUUACCUCUGUUAAUAAGAAGAUAUUUACAUGUAUGAUAACCUGGUUAUUUAUUGUUUACUGAUUUUAAAUAAUGAAUAGGUCUUGAGAAGAAAGGGUACUUCAGAAGGCCUCUGUAUUUCACUUGGAUAUUAUAAGCAGAGAGCAAACACCAGGAAGAUUUGUACUAGAUAAUUUGAAGUUAUUCCUGUAGUCCUAAAUUCUACGCAUAGAUCCAGUAAAAGUUUUAUGUGUUGAUGAAAUUAUUAUUAACCAGUGCAUUGUGACUCUUCCAAAGUGUUCUCCUUUGCAGAUGAUAUUUUAAUAAGAGUAAUUUUAGGUAAGCAGUGACUUUUAUUUUAUAAGUGAACUACCUAACACCAGUUUCCUACUUAGAUAGCAUACUAACUAGUAAAAUUGGUUAUAUAUUUCUGAAUAAGUCAAAAUGAAUUUGAUUUAGCUGUAGAUUUGUAUUUUACUGUAAAAGUUCAUUGUUGUUGCUAUUUUUGCAUGUUAAUAAUGAUUACAUAAUAGCAUGUUUCAACUUAUUUGACCUUUGAGUCAUCUUUUCAGGAAAAAAAAGUCCUUAUUUGAAUAUUUGAAUAAUAAAAUCUGCAGCAGGUCAACAUUUGCAGAGAACCUGGAGACUGGCAGAGAGAAUAAGAAAAUGCAAUUUUUGACUUUGAGCUAAAUAACUACUUCACUAGCUUUCAAAGGAAUGCUGGAUCAUUCCAGACAUGACUUUCAUCAAGCAUCUUUUUCACAUUCAUUGCUUCUCUGGAGUUUUUUAGGAUUAUAUUGAUACAAACAAGUUGAAAUUUAGAUUAACCACCUGUAAUGUACCGUUUAUUGAAAUACUUGAUAUUCUUUAAUUCUUUGGUAAAGCUAGGUCAUGAUAACAUAGAUUAGCAAUCUAAAAUACUGGGGGAAUGAUGAUGGGCACUUCCAAAAUUUCAAUAUUUUUCACUACUUUCAUUAUAUGUGUUAUUGAAUAUUAAAAACCACAUUCCACUUCAAAUGUUAUUUGCUGUUGACAUCUUAGAGACAACAGAUGUUUGUAUGAAAAAGUGUCUAUUUAAGGUAACAUUAAAUAUAAAUGGUAAAAUUAUUUUUAGUUUAGAUUCCAUAUUGGAAUGUACUCCAAUUGUAGGUUGGAAAAAUUGUGUUUCCGCUAUAGGCUUAGAAGAGUUAUAAUGCAGUGCUAUGUGCUGUUCAGGAACAUGCUUCAGGGCAAGACCAGUUGUAUGUACAUGGAUCCUAGAAACUAUAUGAAGACAUUAAAACUCCUUACCGUUCAGGCUCUGCAUAAAAAAUCACACUUGUCCCAUCUAAUUUCAAAGACACAGACUCUUAUAUAGUUAAGCCAUUGUAUACCUGUUGUUGUAAAUACGCUCCUUCAGUUAGAAAAGCAGGAGACUUGAUCUUUAGUGAUGGUUGCAAUUCCUUUUAGGUUGGAGUUGUACAGUCAUGGAAAUGCAUCAGUUACUGAGCUCUUAUCUGAAGAGGAUUGGUUUCAUUAUUCUCAGAGCCUCUUCAGCAACCCAACGUGAAGCCUUACCAGAUCUGGUGCUCACCAGUGCAGAGGAGAGCAUUAGGGAGGUUAAGACUGGAGGCAGGUUGGGCUGCAGUGACCAUGCCGUGGUGGAGUUUGUGAUCUUGAAGAAUGUGGGCCUGGCAAAAAGCAGAGCUAGGACCCUGUGCUUCAGGAGAGCAAAAUUCUGGCUGCUCAAGGAACUGCUGAGUGGGAUCCCCUGGGAAAUAAUCCUUAAGGGCAUGGGUACAGAACAGAGCUGGCAGCUCUUUAAGGACACCAGUCUGAGAUCGCAACAGCUCUCCAUCCCCCAGCAGAAGUUGAGCAGGAGAGGCAGGCGACCAUCGUGGCUGUGCAAUGACAUGCAGAUUAAACUGAGAGAAAAGGGGGAAAUGUAUAGAAGGUGGAAGCAGGGUUGUGUGUCCUGGGAGGAAUACAGGGCUGUUGUCCAUGUGUGUAGAGAUAGGAUUAGGGAAGCCAAGGUGUAGAUGGAGCUGAACUGGGCAAGAGAACAAGAAGGGGUUCUACAGGUACUUCUUUUUUAUUGGUGAAGUUAUGUUAUCUGAAGGAUAUUAAGUCUUUAUAUUUUUUUCCAGGAUACUUGUAUACAUAGCAUAUGUUGAACUUUUCUAAUGUAGUAUGUCGGUCAUGUCAUAGAAGUAAAUUUUACUGUUUUUGUUGUUGUUAUUUUAACAUAAUCAAAUACAGUAUUCAUGAAUGUGAUAAUAUCUGGUAGAAAAUCAGUCUCAAUGAAAAUUAAAUCCUGCUGAUACAAAUUUUAUAUGAUUUCUUAAAAAAAGAACUGCCAUUAAAGUUGAGUGAUAUUCAGUUUAAAAUGGGAAAAUGCAAGACCAUGUAUCAAAAACAAAGAAACAAAAACUGUCUCCCAUCUUGAGAAAGAAUGUGGCAGUAUCCCAUGGUACUGUGUACAGUGGGCUGAGCAAAAAUGGCUGAUAUGUUCAAUACUUGUAGAACAUCAAAUUCUAUCAAGUAAUAUCAAAUAGAAUAUCAAUUAGUGGUAGUAGAAAGAUGGUGGUGUUGCCAAGGAAUAUGUAUAUGCAGAGUGUAUUGCCAGAAUAUAUCUUUUCCUGUUUGUACUUCAGAAGAAUUUGGGAAAAAAGUUAAAAAGAUAAAAAAUCAGCUAUCAAGACUAUUCUUAUGCAUUGUAAAGGUACUUUAUUUUGAAAAGUAUUUAAAAAUCUGACUCAAUUAGUUAAUCCAAUAGAAUGCAAAGAGUUGAUAAGUAAGAAGGUAAGAUUUUCAUUUUCAUUGUUUCAGAAUGUGAAGGGAUAAUAAUAUAUUUUUCAAGUAAUAUAAGGAAUUACUAUUUCUUUUUUUUUCAUGUCUUACAAUUGAGUAAUUUCUCAGUAUUUUUAUAGUCACAUCUACUGAGAUUGGUACUUGACCGGGAAAAAUGUGUGUCAGAAAUGUGAGCUUUGGUAUACAUGUGUUGUGGUAUUUGGCAGACAGACAUUUGGAAGAAUCACAGAAUCACAGAAUGGCCUGGGUUGGAAGGGACCUCAAGGAUCAUGAAUCUCCAACCCCCCAGCCAGGCAGGGCCACUAACCUCCCCAUUUACUAGACCAGGUUGCCCAGGGCCCCAUCCAACCUGGCCUUGAACACCUCUAGGGAUGGGGCAUCCACAACCUCUCAGGGCAGCCCAUUCCAGCACCUCACCACUCUCCUGGUAAAGAACUUCCCCCUAACAUCCAACCUAAAUCUUCCCUCUUUUAACUUAAAACCGUUCCCCCUUGUCCUGCUGUUAUCUACCAUUUCAAAGAGUUUACUCUAUUCCUGUUUAUAGGCUCCCUUCAGGUACUGAAAGGCUGCAAUGAGGUCACCCCGCAGCCUUCUCUUCUCCAGGCUGAAUAAGACCAGCUCCUUCAGCCUGUCUUCAUAAGGGAGGUGCUCCAGCCCCCUGAUCAUCUUCAUGGCCCUCCUCUGGACCCUCUCCAACAGCUCUCUGUCUUUCUUGUACUGGGGGCUCCAUACCUGGACACAGUACUCCAGAUGGGGCCUCACAAGAGCAGAGUAUUGAGGGACAAUCACCUCCCUAUCCCUGCUGGCCACCCCUCUCAUGAUGGAGCCCAUUUGCUUUCUGAGCUGCAAGAGCACACUGCUGGCUCAUGUUAAGUUUGUCAUCUAUCAGGACCCCCAUGUCCUUCUCUGCAGAGCUGCUCUCAAGGACUGCUCCUUUCAGUCUGUAUAGAUGCCUGGGGUUCGUCCAGCCCAAGUGCAAAACCCUACACUUUGCUGUGUUGAACCUCAUUAGGUUCACCUGGGCCCACCUUUCAAGUCUGUCAAUUCCCUCUGAAUGGCAUCCCUUCCUUCCUCCGUGUCAACCGCACCACUCAGCUUGGUGUUGUCAGCAAAUUUACUGAGGGUGCACUCAAUUCCAUCGUCAGUGUCAUUGAUAAAGAUGUUAAAGAGCACCAGUCCCAAGACAGACCCCUGGGGGACUCCGCUCGUUACCGGCCUCCACGUGGACAUGGAACCAUUGAUCACCACCCUCUGUCUGCGGCCUUUCAACCAAUUUCUUAUCCAACGAGUGGUCCACCCAUCAAAUCCACAUCCCUCCAAUUUGGAGAUAAGGAUGUGGUGGGUGACCAUGUCAAAGGCCUUGGUCAAGUCCAGGUAAAUGACAUCGGUUGCCUUCCCCUCAUCCACCAAAGCCGUCACUCCAUCAUGGAAGGCCACAAGAUUGGUUAAGCAUGACCUCCCCCUGGUGAAGCCGUGCUGGCUGUCUCGGAUCACACGCUCAUUCCUCAUGUGAUCAAGUAUGUCAUCCAGGAGGAUCUGUUCCAUGAUCUUCCCAGGCACAGAGGUGAGAUUCACCAGCCUGUAGUUCCCUGGGUCCUCCUUGCUCCCUUUCUUGUAAAUAGGAGUAACGUAACCCUUCCUCCAGUCGUCUGGGACCUCGCCUGACAGCCACAACUUCUCAAAUAUGAUGGAGAGCAGCUUGGCAACCACCUCAGCCAGCUCCUUCAGAGCCCUGGGAUGCACGGCAUCCGGCCCCAAAGACUUGUACUCAUCCAGUCUCAUGAGGCGGUCUUGGACUUGUUCUGCCCUUACAGUGGGAGGGGAUUUACCCCCCUGAUCCCCACCUAGAGGCUUGGAGGUGCAGGGCUCAGGGACAUGAGAAAGACUAGAAUCCUGGCCACCAGUGAAGACCGAGGCAAAGAACUCAUUCAGUACCUCAGCUUUCUCUUUGUCCGUUGAAGCCAGUUCUCCUUUUAAAUUUACUAAAGAAGGUACACCUGUUUUGGCCUGUCUCUUCUGGCCAAUGUACCUGUAGAAUGUCUUCUUAUUGUUUUUCACAUUCCUCGCCAAGUUCAGUUCUACCUGCGCCUUGGCUUUCCUGAUCCUACGUCUGCAAGUCCGGACAGCAUCCCUGUACUCUUCCCAGGUGACACACCCUUGUUUCCAGAGCUUGUAUGCACCUUUCUUCGCCCCCAGUGUGCUCAGCAGGUCUUUGCCGAGCCAUGCCGGUUUCCUAUCUCGUCUGCCCACUUUCUUAUUCAGAGGGAUGGAGACCUCUUGUGCUUUCAGGAGGGCAUCCUUGAAGAGUAGCCAGCUCUCCUCAACAUCUUUAUCUUUAAGGACAGCAUCCCAGGGGAUCUUGGCCAACAAGCCAUUGUACAGCUUAAAGUUCGCUCUUCCAAAGUUCAGGGUCCUGACCCCACUCUUUUCCAGGUCCACAUCCCUUGAGAUCACAAACUCAACCAGGGCAUGGUCGCUGCAGCCCAGGCUGCCUCCAGCGUGGACGCCUUUGAUGAUCUCUUUCGCAUUGGUGAGCAGCAGGUCCAGCAAUGCUUCACCUCUGGUUGGUCUGUCCAAUACCUGGACCAGAAAGUUAUCAUCAAUGGAUUCCAUGAGCCUCCUGGACCUCUUGCAGCUCUCUGUGUGGUCUUCCCAACAGAUGUCCGGAUGAUUGAAGUCCCCCGUCAGGAUGAGGACCGGUGAGCAUGAUGCCUCCCGCAUCUGCAUCAAGAAAGCCUCGUCAACAGCCUCCCCUUGAUCAGGUGGCCUGUAGUAUACCCCUAUCACCAGCUGACCUUUAUUAGUACCAUCCCUAAUUCUAACCUACAGGCUCUCGAUCUGUUCCUGACUGUUUCUCAGAGGGAGCUCCUCACAAUCUAUCCACUCUUUGGCAUAGAGGGCAACUCCCCCACCCUUCCUACCUCGCCUAUCCCUUCUAAAGAGCCGAUACCCUUCAAUGGUAGUAUUCCAGUUGUGGGAGUCAUCCCACCAUGUUUCUGUGAUAGAAAGAAGGUCAUAACUUUCCAAGUGCAUCAGUUUCCAACUCGUCCUGUUUAUUACUCAGGCUGCGUGCAUUGGUAUAAAGGCACUUCAGUUGGGCUUUCCAUCUCACCACCUUUAUAGAGGAUCUAGGAUCCCCUAGAACAGUAGCAUCCCCAGCAUCCCCCUGCCCUACUCCAUUCCUUUGUACUCCACCAUCUUUGCUCAUGGAGUUUGGUACGAGCCCUCGAACGACCCGCUCAACCCCAGUGGCCCUCGUUUUGUCCCCUUCCCCCUUCAUACCUAGUUUAAAGACCUUUCAAUGAGUGCCCGCCAGUUCCUCAGCCAAGAUUCUCAUACCCCUCAGAGACAGGCUACUUACAUCUGCAGCCAUCACGCCACGUGCUGAGUAAAUUGCCCCGUGGUCAAAAAAAACCCAAAAUUCCUGUGAUUGCACCAACCUCUGAGCCAUUUAUUUAAGAGAUAGGUUUUUUGGAUCCUCUCAGUACCCUUUCCUGCCACUGAAGGUAUAGAAGAGAAAACCACCUGCAUGCCAGCUCCAUCAACUACCCGCCCCAGUCCCCUGAAGUCUUUCUUGAUAGAUGUCAGGCUUUUCUCAGCAAUUUCAUCUCUGCUAGCCUGAAUUAUCAAUAAGGGGUAAUAGUCAGAAGGGCGAAUCAGUCCAGGAAGUUUGCUUGAAAUGUCCCUGACCUGUGCCCCAGGGAGGCAGCACACCUCCCUACGGGUAGGGUCAGGCCGACAUAUAGGGCCUUCCGUUCCUCGCAGGAGGGAGUCACCUAUGACAACUAUCCUUCUGUCCUUCCGGGUGGAGGCAGUUGUGAGGCGUGGGGUUGACCGCUUCACCCGAGGCAACCUCACGGGUGGGCCUCCCUCCACAGUCUUAUUCACCUCUCCCUCAAGUUCCAGGGCCUCAAACCUAUUGUGCAGAGGCACCUGGGGAGCUGAGGAUGGUCGGGAUGGGGGAUGCCCACCUCACCAAGCCAGUAUCUGUUUCCACUCCUCCUCCUCUCUCAAAUUUCUGCUAGGGGGAGGAGAGGACAGGGAGCUCACUGCAGCACCGUCUGCUGGUUGGUUCCCUUCUACCACCUGUUUGCAAGGCGGCAGGGGUUGACAUGCUCCAUGCAGAGCCUCAGCCGUGUGCCAAGAUCUCGGGGCUGAUAGUGACUGGCACCACUGGUCAAUCUCCCUCUCACAGUCCUUAUGGUCCUCAGCCUCUCUACCUCCUCCUUCAGGUCAAUCACAAGACUGAGUAAGUCAUUCAGUUGGUCACAUCUUAUGCAAGUGCGGCCUCCAUCAUCUGGCACUGCAAAGGCCAGGUUUUAGCAGUCAACACAGCCAGUGACCUGUGUACUAGCAUCUUGUGACGGGACCUCAGUCUGAGUUGCCAAACAUAUCUUACCAUCAGCAUGCACAGGUCCUCAGUCUGGCUCUCUACAGUCUUCUUGGCUACAGUCUUCCUCCUGUGUGAGCAUGGGACCUCUGCCUGGGUCUCCACAGUUUUUCUGACAGCAGCCUUCCACCAGGGUGCACCCAUGGCAACCAGCAGGCUCACUAACACUACAAGAUAGCCCGAAUGGCAAGAGACUGAUCAGCCCUGCCCUGCUGCCUGUAGUGCUGCCUCUGCCCUCGCCCUAUUGUCUGGUUCAUUAAGAGCCCCGGAAGAGAGGGGUCUUAAUAUACUGUGAAUGGAAAAUAUAGUUAUUUCUGUAUGCACUUUUAACAAAUGGCCAUCCUCUAAUAGCAAGUGUUGUAUAAGGCUUUGCAUGCUGCUUUUUGGAGUAACAUUUCUAUUAUUAUUAAUGAUUCAUGUAGUAAUUUGCUGUAAUGCUGCUCUUUAUAUUGGAAAAGACAUGGUAUUAAUUAGAAAGUUUAUACUCUAAGGAGUGUCUCAGCACCGUGAGGAAGGAUGUGUGAGGAUGUUUGCCCUGGGGUAAAGAGACAUGCAGAGGUGGGAUGUCUGUGACAAGCAGUUCUAGAUACAGAUUGUUGGUGAUUUAAUUUGAUUAAUUUAAAUUAUCUUAAUCUUGGCUCAUUAUUUGUAGUAUUGCAGUACAAAAGUACUUGUGAAAAAUGAGAAGAACUUGAAGAACCAGAGAAGUAACAAAACCCAUAAGCCAGUUUGUCGCUGUCCUACCUAAUGUCUUUAGCAGAAGUAUUAAAGAGUUCAGACCUGCUUCUCUCAUGCCCCCACAAUCUCUCCAGUAAGGGCUGUUUUCACAGGAUCACAAAUUCUGUUUGAUGGACUGUGGGUUUCUGUCUUUAUACCCAUGCAUGUAUUGUGCAGUUGUUUAAAAGCAAUUAGUAUGCUAUUACAAGUCUUUCAGAAUUAAAGCCGAUGUGGAGGCCUUUUUACACCUCAUGUGUUGUACAAUUAAAGCAGGCUUUUUGGGGAUUAAUUAAUGAAAACUGGAGUGUUAUAACAAAUGUUGCAAAAAAUUUAAGUGAAAGUAGAAGAAUAUCUGCCCUUCCUCUCCUCACAGACCUUGUGGAAGAUAGAAGAAAAAAAAAACAUGUAAUCAAAAUGUAAAAAGUAAUCUAUAAAACUGAACACCUUAAUGGAAAAAAAUCCACUUUAUGGUGAUGUUAAGUAAGUUAACUUGAAAUUUUUAAUAAAAUUUCAUGCAUGUGUAUG